AUGGGGCGCCGCUCUGGAGGAGGCGGCGGUUCCCGCAGUGCGCCACGUCCCGCAGCCCCGGCACCCAAGCCGGCGGCCAAGCCAGCGUCCGCUUCGGCGCCGGCCAAGAACUCGUCCGCGCCGGCGCCGGAUAAGAAACCGUCCGCGCUGGCCCCGGCCCAGAGCUCCUUCCUCGGAUCCGUUAACGACGGGUUCGGAUUUGCCGUCGGGAUGAGCAUGGCGCGCUCCUUAUUGGGCGGGCGCAGAGAGGAGCCGGCGCCCGCCUCUCCCGCCCACGCCCACGCCGACGCCGACGCGUGCGGCAUCCACAACCAGGACUUCACCAAUUGCAUCUACACGAACGCGAGCGACAUCAGCCGGUGCCAGAACUACUUCGACCUCCUCUACCAGUGCCGCCGCGGAGGAGGCGCAGGAGCAGGAGAGGCCUCCACCAUCGCCUAA